AUGGCCACGUAUCAAGUUGACUAUCAGUGGGCUUAUACUAUAAUGGAUUCAUCUAGGAUAUCCACUUUCCUAAUAUCAAUUUUAUUGAUAGUCUAUGGCAGUUUCCGAUCUUUAAAUAUGGAACAAGAAGCUAGAAAGGAAAGAGAAAGGGAGAAAAAUGUAGAUGGUGCUAAUGGAAGAGUUCAAACCCUAAAUACAAUGCAUGCUCUUUGUCUACCUCUUGGUGCUUCCAUUUCUCUACUCGUCAUGUUUUUCUUUUUUGACAGUAUGCAGAUGCUUGUGGCAAUCUGUACAGCCAUUUUAGCUACAGUUGCAUUGGCAUUUCUUCUAUUACCCAUGUGUCAAUAUAUCAUUAGACCAUGCUCAGAUGGUAACAAAAUAUCCUUUGGUGUUUGUGGAAGGUUUACGGGUGCAGAAUUACUUUCAUUUUCAUUGAGUGUGAGUAUAGUAUGCAUCUGGGUAUUAACUGGGCAUUGGCUACUCAUGGACGCAAUGGGUAUGGGACUUUGCGUAGCAUUCAUUGCAUUCAUUCGAUUACCUAGUCUAAAGGUAUCCACUAUAUUAUUAACCGGACUACUGAUUUAUGAUGUCUUCUGGGUUUUCUUUUCAUCCUACAUAUUCAGCACAAACGUAAUGGUUAAGGUAGCAAGUAGACCAGCAGAUAAUCCAGUAAAUCUUGUGGCUAGAAGGUUGCACUUAGGUGGUGUAGCAAGAGAAGCACCAAACCUUCCUCUGCCUGGAAAAUUAAUGUUUCCAUCGAUGCGUCAAGCAGGACAUUUUUCAAUGUUAGGUCUCGGUGAUGUCGUUAUGCCGGGCCUCUUACUUUGCUUCGUCUUGCGAUAUGACGCGUAUAAAAAGACUCAACUGUUGCCCGGUGGUUGUGAAACAGGAGUUCCACCCCCGCGUCACAUCAAUCGCAUUAGUUAUUUCCAUUGUUCCCUCAUCGGUUAUUUUCUUGGUUUACUUACCGCUACUGUAAGCUCUGAGGUGUUCAAAGCUGCGCAACCUGCAUUAUUGUACCUUGUGCCCUUCACCUUAUUGCCAUUACUUACAAUGGCAUACUUGAAGGGAGAUUUACGUCGAAUGUGGAGUGAACCGUUCACAUCUCAACAACCUUCCACACACAUGGAAGUUUGA